AUAAAACUAAUUAAAACCAAAAAUCACCCAAAAAAAACCUACCAAUGCAGCAAACAGUUAACAAAUCAACACGGAGAAAAGGAAUAAAAAUCAGCCAAACAAUAUUAACAAGCUACAAACUACAAGCCAUGAAUAACUUAUGAAAAAUGGAUAACAAAUAUAAUAAAUUUUAUAUGAAAAAUGUCUCUUCAAACAUAUAAUAAUAAAUAAAAUAAUAAAAUAAAAUAACAAAACUAAUAAUGUUCGAGAAAACUAGUAAUGUUCGAGUGAAUGAACAUUACAUAUAAGAAAAUUGUAAGAGAAAGCAACUGUAACAUGAAAACAUUUGUAUUAAAAAGAAAAAAGAAAAAAAAACAAUAACGAUAAAGGCAUUACAGCAUGACAAGUGACAACAGUAAAUUUAACAUAAUAAGAAAAAUAUAUACGUAUUUAAGUAAGGUUUUUCCCUAAAAACAGUAUAAAAUUAUAAACUAUCAACAAAUAUACUAUCCUCAUCAAAAUAGAAAAAGGUCAAAUUGCCACUAUAUAUGUUGGUUCAACCAAAAAUAACCCCAAAAGAAGACUCAAUUUUCAAUCCAUCCGUUCUUUUUAAGUAAAUUAUAUUCUUCUUUUAGGAAAUUUUAAUAUUAGACUGGGGCAGAAAUUUAAUACCUAAUUAUUUAAGGAAAUAAAGUAACAUGAAAAGUAGUAAUUAAGCAACAUUAGUUUGUCAAUUUAGGAAAUAAAUUAACUUCCAUUAGGAUAAUAAUUAAGAUGUGUAUAAAUAGAUAACUAUCUUUGUUUAGACUUCAUUAUUCACAUAAUCAAGAACUAAUGUCGAAGCAAAUGGGAAUACGUUUUCAUCCUACUGAUACAGAGCUAAUCAACAAUCUUAACAGGUUUUUCAAAGGCGAAUUAUGUUUGAAUCAACAAAGUCCUAUUCAAUUUGCAGAUAUAUAUGGAGAUCAACCACCAUGGGAGAUAUUUGAAGCUAAUUCAUGUGAAGAGAAAUUCCGUUACUUUAUUACUCCUUUGAAGAAGCGGAAGAUUAAAGAUAAAAGGUUUUGUCGAACCUGUGCUAAAGGGACGUGGAAAGGGCAAACCGCAGAAGAUCUUAUAAGGAGGAAUGGAAUGGGUCCUGUGGUAGGGUUUAAGAGAAACUUCAGGUUUGAAACGAGUAUGUGUGGCCAAAAUAAAACCUGGUUGAUGAUAGAAUAUCGUGUUGCGGAUAAUUUCUUUAAGGAAAACAAUCAUAUUGUUAAAAAAGAUUUUGUAGUGUGUCGAAUCAAGAAGAAGAAGAACGUAUAUCAUCAUGUUAUGGAUGCAGAAGAUGGAGAUGCUGUGGGGAUUAUUGAUCCUAUGUUGUUGCUUGAACCUAAUCAUAAUAACGGCUACUCCACAACGGAACUAGAUCAAGUUACGGUUUGUGAGGCUACAACUUCGGAAUAUGAUGUUCAAAAUAGCAGUACAAUGGAGAAUAGACAGACAACGUUGGAAAUAGAAGAAUGCGACAGAGUUGAUGAUAUUAUAAGUGAGGAAGAUAUGUUUAGAAUGUUGGAGGACAUCCUUGACGUUGAUAUUCCUGAUAGAGUUGAUGAUAUUAGAAGUGCAGAAGAUAUGUAUAGAAUGUUUGAGGACAUCGUUGUCGAUAUUCCUGAUGAUUGGUUGGAGCAUUCAUUAGUUUGA